AUGGUGGGGAAACUUUUCUUCCAACCUGGAGAACUGGUUUUGAGAAACAGUCUUCAUUGUGGACAGUCAUUUAGAUGGGUGAUUCAAGAACACACGGGUUUUUUCUACUCGACUCUAAAGUUAGAUGAUAGCUAUGAUUUGGUGAUGUUGAGACAGCUUGAUGACAAUUGUAUUGAAUAUGACUGUUACAAGAGGGCGAACCUGGAGAAACUUGAGUCACAUCUCAAGGAUUACUUUGAACUUGAUGUAUCUUUGAACAACUUAAUGACUCAAUGGUCAGAUGCUGAUCCUAAGGGAUUUCAAAAUAAGGAACAUAGAGGAGUGAGAGUACUGAACCAGAAUCCCUGGGAAACUUUAUGCUCUUUCAUUUGUUCUAGUAAUAAUAAUAUAUCAAGAAUCACUAAAAUGUGCCAUUCCUUGGCCACUGAAUUUGGUGAUGAAAUUGCAGAGUUUGAUGGUGCUAAGCAGUAUUCGUUCCCAAGUUCGGAUCAGAUCGUAGAAAGAGCAUCUGAAGAAAAACUAAGAGAUCUUGGCUUUGGUUAUAGGGCCAAAUAUAUCAUUGGAACUGCUCAACUGAUGUCUAUGGAAAAAGGCGAUAUGUCUGAUUCAGAGUAUAUGCUCAGUUGGCGCAUUAAGGGUAAAAUGGGGUAUCAAGAUGUCAAAGAGAAGUUGAUGGCGUAUCCAGGUGUGGGUCCGAAAGUAGCUGAUUGUGUGCUUCUCAUGGGAGGGUUGGGAUUUGACGAGGUAGUUCCUGUCGAUGUACACAUCGCAAGGAUUGCAUCGAGGGACUACAAAUUAAACAACACUAAGCAGGAAAUCAGUGAACUGCAGGCUGAAUACAAAAAGUUACCGAUUACACGUAAGAAGGUGAACUAUGAACUUGAUAUGUACAGAAGGAAGCUCCAGGAUCUAUGGGGCCCAUACGCGGGCUGGGCACAAUGUGUCCUUUUCGCACAAGAAAUUGGGAAAACAGUUGGAGCAAGUACAAGUGAUAAAUUAGUGAAAAGACGCAAACUGGACUAUGAUGCAUCUGGAGAAGAAGAAGACUUUAAAGUUGUAGUCAAAGACGAGGCAGAGAUCAGUACGGAAGAUUCUUUGUCCACGGUUAAAAUUGAAGAUACUAUGUCGAUAGAGUAUAGCAUUACUGGGAGGCCGCUACGGAGAGCGGUAAAAAAGGCUAAAAAGGUCUAUUGA